AUACUUUUUAAAAUUAUAUUUAUUAAUUUCUAAUUUUAUAAAAUAAAAUUUUUAUUUUGCACCUUUCUCCUAAGUCCUCUAUAAAUAAUAUCCAUGAGUUUUAUUAGGUAAUUUUUUAACAAAUUUUUUCAAGAAUUUUUGUGGCUAGCUUGAUUUUACAAAUGUUUUUUAUUUUUUAUUUUAUUUUUAAUAACUUUGGAUAAUUUAUUGAAAUGGAAAGCACGAAAUUUAUUCACGUUGGACUGGGUCCGCCUUCAAGAUACCCUCAGCUUCGUAGAAGUGGAUAUCAGGAACUUCAGCCAAACAUCUUAAAUGAUUUAAAAUCAAAUUUAAAUGAAGAUGAGUCAAGUAAACUCAUAAAAGGAGAAACUUCCAGAGUUAAUAUCACGGUUGCAAAAUUCAACCCGAAAACUGUCAAAUUUGGGCAAAGAAACCAAAAUUCUGGUUCAAAACUGUCCAUCAUUAACCAAAUUAGUAAUAAGUCAUCAAUAAAAUCAGGAUCAGAGUUUAAUUUUGAUGACUUGAGUUCCUUAUCCAGUUAUGACUUCUCAAAACUUGGCUCAAAUUCAACAAAUAAAAGUGUCAUUUCAGAACCUGAAAGAAAGAAAUCAAUAAGAUUUUCUAUUGAUAACUUGUCUUCAUCUGAUAGUUUUAAAAUAGGCCAGUUUAAGAGCCUUGAGUACUCCAAAACCCCCUCAGAUAUAAGUAACCGAGGGAUUGAACACCUAAAGUCCGACACUGGACUUGAUACAACGUUUGAAGGUUCCGCUGGAGAUGACAAGUCAGGAUAUCUGCUUGAUGAACUUAGAAAAGUUGUCAAACAUGUAAUUAACGUUAAUAGGAUAAGAAACCAGGGUUCAGAUUUCAUCUCGAAUUUAAUCGGUGUUAAUUCGCAGGGGAUGGAAAACGUUGGAUUUAGCGAUGAUCCAAAAAAUAAAACUAGCUCAAACCCAUCCAGAUCAUUUGAGAAUGUACCUCUAAUUAACAAAGGAACAACCACAUCCCUAUUUGAAUCUCAAAUCAAUUCUCCAAAUCCAGUCGAUAGGACUGUGUUAAACAAGAAUUUUAAUAGAAAACUAAUUAAAAUAAGGGAAAAAUAUAGUAGGAUUGAAAGUCUACUACAAGAGUUAGGUGACCCCCUAAAGCUUAUAAACGACGAUGCUCCUUUAUCAAACAUUAUUGAGGACCAUGUUAACACAAAGCGUCUAGUUCAUCCUUUUCACAUUAAUUACUAUCCCAUGAAGGUUGAAGAGGAGGAAGAAGAAGACUAUGAGGAGAUAGAGUAUGAAGUGACAACAAAAAAAGAACCAACUCCAGAGAAGAGGGUGAACUUAAGGCGAGAAGACUAUCCUUCGUUGUGGGCGAUUUUUACUAAUCCUAAGAACGGAAUAACAUCUGCUGGAUGAUCCCUAACUUUUAAUUAAAUUUUUUGAAUGUUGUAAUUUCA